AGUGAGCAUUCACAACCAGUCUCAACAUUAGCAUGACCAGUACGCUGUAGCUUAAACAUUACAGUAAUUGAAUACAAUAUUUUUGACCAGGCGUUCCUGUAACACUGUUAUAAAGAAAUCAUUAUAAUAGGGAUUUAGUUAGGGCAUUUAGUCGCGUGGAAUAAUCCAGGUUUUGUAAUUUAUCACACUGACACCACAACGACGAGCUAACGCAAAAAUAAUUACAUCCAACCUGAUUGACAUUUAUAUAUAAAUACACGUUAGUCUUUUUUGCGACGACUACUUGUUUCCUGUCGGAGCUAUUUGGUGAAAGAACGGGAAGUGUGGCGAAUCACAUCUUCCGGCCAUGCGUACAGAAUCGAUCAUCCCUGGUCUCGUGGCUCUUGAGCGAAAAAAAACAUUUUAGUAAAUUACUCCAAAUGUCAUCCACUCAGGCGAUUUAAUUAAAAAACGAUCGCUAAAUCGGGUUCUGGAACGGAGCCAAGAUGGCGGAGAUCGUUCAGCAGCGGAUCGAGGACAGAAUUCCAGAGUUGGAGCAACUGGAGAGAGUGGGACUCUUCACCAAGAAAGAAAUUAAAGCCAUCAUCAAAAGAGUGACAGCGCUGGAAUACAAACUCCACAGGCUGAUUGUCACUAAAGACGACUUCAUCGCAUACAUACAGUACGAAAUCAAUGUCCUGGAGCUGGUCAAAAAGAGGAGAGCGCACAUACACUACAAGCACAAGAAGGAAGAGAUUGAGUUUGCCAUCGUACACAGAAUCAAUAGUGUCUUCAGAAGGGCAACAAACAAGUGGAAGGAUGAUGUGCAACUUUGGCUCUCGCAUGUUGCUUUCUGUAAGAAAUGGUCCACAAAGGGGCAGCUCAGCAGGGUGUUCUCUGCCAUGCUGGCCAUCCACCCUGAUAAACCAGCACUGUGGCUCAUGGCCGCUAAGACUGAGCUGGAAGAUAGAAAGUCCUCUGAGAACGCCCGUCACUUGUUUCUUAGAGCGCUACGCUUCCACCCAGGCAACAAAAAGGUCUACCAGGAGUACUUCCGCAUGGAGUUGUUGCACUGUGAGAAGCUGAGGAAAAAGAAGGAAGGAUUGGAGAAAGCUCAAAUUGCCAUUGGUGAAUAUGAAUUUCCUCCAGAGAUUCUGAGUGGGAAGGUGGCUAUGGUGGUAUAUAAAGAUGCCACAGACAAAAACAAAGAGGCAGAGUUUGUCAUCUCACUGCUGAAUAUCGCAUGUAUCUUUGACUUCACAAAAGACUUCCAAGAGUCCAUCUUGCAGGACCUGAAAACCAACUUCCUCGAUGACAGCGUCACGUGGGAUUUCUUGGCCAAGAGGGAACUUGAGGCUUCGGGAAUAGGGGAGGAACUUCUGACCGCCAAAGGCCGGGCCUCUGAGGUUAACCGGAGAGAAGAACAAUGCUGUCAGAUGUACGAGAAAGGCCUUGAGAGACUCAACACCGAACCCAUGUGGACCUUCUACGUGCUGUUCUGCCUGGAGCGACUGAAAAGGAAGACAAAUUUCCAACAGCUGAAGGACAAGAGGCAGGAGAGGCUGCUGGGAGUUUUGCAGCGUGCUCACGACUCAUCACUCCUUAAAGAGGAUUAUUACAAGAACUGGCUGCAGAUACUGCUCUCGUCAGGAGAUGCGGAGGGUGCAGCAAACAUCGCUAUGGCAGCCACGCAUCGCUACAGCCAAUCGGUGUCUGUGUGGAACCUGGCUUUGCAGACACUGAUGCAGCUGGGGAGAGAUGACGCUGGGCAACUGUUCCAGGACGCGCUCACACACAUCCAUCCCAAGGAGAGCUUACCAAUUUGGCAGCUGCAGGUCCAGUGGGGCAUAGCCAACCAGAACCCUGAGGACACAGAAGCCAUCUUUAAGAGAGGUCUGCUGUCUGCAGUGGCGGAUGUUGUCAUGGAGAUGAAAGAGCGAUACCUUGAUUGGUCGUACUCCACUGGAGGCUACAAGAAAGCUAGAAAGACUUUUACAAGUUUACAGGACAGCAGACCUUUUUCCAAGCCUUGGUUCACCAGAAUGAUUCUGAUAGAGAAAGAACAAGAAUCUCCAAGGAUCAACUACCUGAGGGACUACUAUGAGAGGGCCCUGCAGGAGUUCGGCUCCUCAGAUGAAGAUCUGUGGCUACAGUACAUCCAGGAGGAGAUGGGGCCCCUUGGCCAACUGGAGAACUGUGGCAAGAUCCACUGGAGAGCCAUGAAGUUCCUGGAGGGUGAGAGCGUGGAAAGAUUCACCUCCAAAUACACACUCCUUCAGACCGGACACCUCUGAGUCCACUGAAGCCACGCAGGUUCAAUUGAGCAAUAGUUGGUCAGCUUGAGGCAACACAUGAGAUGUUGGCUGGUUCCACAGGCAUUCUUGGAUUGUUUCACCAUGUUUUACUGGGGAAAAACCAUGUGAACUGUUUUCUAAUGUCCAUGUUUGGGAAAAAUUCCAGAAAUGUUGAGUUGCAGUUUGCUUUCAAAGAGUGACGUUGAGAACAUAUAGAAAUCCAACAAAGUCUUAACCAAUGGACUUUGUCAUGUUGAUUACGUACACACACUUGAUAUCAUUCAAAUAAAAGAAAUCCGAUUCUUCCAAAUGGUGUAUGUAAACAAUAGAUCUUAGUAGCUAUCACACUUUAACUUAUUUUUAAACUUUUAAUGUUACAUAACAAAUGUGUAACUCCUUUCUCUUUUAAAAAUAUUAAAGUACAUGACUGGAUAUUUACAAAAUAUCCUGUAUCUUGUUAAAAGGAUGCAUGAAACAAUAUUUGAAGGUCACUUUGUUUCACACCUUCAGCUUUAGUAGAAAGUAAACAGAGCAUCUUAAGUGCAUUGAAGUCUUAUGUAACUAACACACAUACACGUUGUUACAGUAAUAUUGUAGUGGUCAAAGGACUGAAUAACAUUUUCAGACUCUAAAUGCUUUAAAUAAAUUAGUACAGAUAUACAGGAGCAUUAAAAGGACAUAGCACCCAUUAAUUUUCAAUAUUGAUCCCUUUUAAAAUAAUGGAAUUGGCUUUUUAAAAAAAUUCAAAAAUUAAAUUAAGUACUGUAUGUGGGAAAGCACUGAAACUGCCUGACCGGCAUCAAUAAUUUUGCUUUUUCAAAGAUAAGAAUGCUCAGUUUUGACAUUGCUGAAUUGUUUAUUAUUGUGGUUGUACAGUACUUCUAUUUAGUUUCAAGUGGCAGGUCAAAAAAUGUGUACAGCUCCACAUUACGGAAAACUACAACCACAGUAAUAAACAUUGUUAAAUGAACAAAAAUUGGGCGUUAUAUUUUUGAAUGCAGGUGUACGUAAUGUUGUGGCCUGUGUGUAUCUAGGUGUGAUGUUAUGCAUUUCAUGUAUUGAAUAAGAUACCCUGAGGAGUCAUUUAAAAUUAAUUUUAGUAGCAAGCUUGGUGUCUACAUUCCAGUGUGUCUUCAUGAAGCUAAAGCAGUAGUGAAUUCAAUGAAUAUUAAUUAAAU